GUUGGUGAGCAGAGGGAGUGGGUAGAGGAUGGAGGUUUAAAAUUGUUCUAGGAAGAUGAAGCAGAAACCGCAGCUCUAAGCUUGAGAGCUACAGGUGACAGUCCACAGUCCGUGAGCAGGUUUAGAGGGCUUCUUGCACUACAGAAAAGCAUGUCGAAAACUCCGCUCUUGUCUGUAGAGGUGAUCAUGCGGUCAUGUCAGGGGUAUAUCCAUAGGCUCAUAGAGGAAGAAGACAUCACAUUCUAAUUUUGUGAAGUAUCUUCUUCAAUAUUCACAAACUCUGGAACUCCCUCUGGGAAGAAAGCUGCAACCAAGCAUGGACAGGUAGAUUGGAUAUGGAUAAGCUCUGAAACCAUCCAUCACAUUGAAAUGAUGUCAGCUCAACUUACACCUGCCAUCAACAUGUCCUACAGCUGCUAUUCUGGAAACUUCUCCUCCCGCUCCUCUGGAGAUCACCUGAGCUAUCCUCAUGCCUCUUGUGGCUCUUCCUACCCCAGUCACCUGCUCCAGAGCACUAGCUUCUACUCCCCGAGAACCUGUCAUCUGGGAUCCUCUCUCCACAGUGGCUGUCAGCAGAACUGUUCCCAGCCCAUCAGAUGCCAGACUUCCCAUGUGGUGCACAGCUCCUGCCAGCGGCCCUGCUACAGCCCCAGAGUCUCCAGCAUCUGCAGUCCCUGCAGAACCACAUAUGCUGGCUCUCAGGGCUUUGGAUCCAGCAGCUGCCACUCUCUGGGUUAUGGAUCUAGAAGCUCUUACUCUCUGAGCUGUGGGUCCAGUGGAUUUAGACCCCAAGGGUUCUCUUCUCUGGGCUGUGGUUCUGGAUUCUGCCACCCAUCCUAUGUGCCUUAUAGAACCUGUCAGUCUCCUUGCUACAGACCAAGUUGUGGCACUGGAUCUGGAUUCUACUGAUCUUCUUUCUAACUUCCGGUCUUGCUAGCCUCCAUCAGCCACUCCUGGAUCCCUGGCCUUCGUUGUUUUCCUUUGUCUGGGAAGAAUUAUCCUCUGGUUCCUUGAUUGCCAAUUCUUUAUUUUCCCUCUGACCUCAGAUAUUGGCUGGUGGGUGUCCUUUGAGAACUCUGUAAUUAAUCUCCUAACUCAAAAAUAAAGCCUGCAUUGCAAAUGAAA